AUGUCUUCUCUGAUCUUCUCCAAAGACCUUUUUGGUCUGUGUGAUCCAGGUGUAAUUCAGACACACCAUACACUUUCAACUCCUCUGGCUAGUAAAGAAACACCCUUGUUACACACCUUUAAUCCCAAACAAAAAGCCAAAAGGGAUCCUGAAGGAGAUAAAGCCAAUGUGAAGGAUGAGCCAUUGAGAGUAUCUGCAAGGCUGUCUGCUAAACCUGCUCCUCCAAAGCUAGUUCCCAAACCUAAGAAAGACCCUGCAAAGAAGGGAGGUAAGGUACCCAAGGUUAAGACAGGGAAAGUUGAUGCUGGUAAGGGUAUGAAUAAUCUUGCAGAAAAUGCAGAUGCCACAACAGACCAGGCACAGAAAGCAGAAGAUUCUGCAGAUGCCAAAUGA